AUGCUUCAAGUAGUCAAUGAUGGCACGUCGAUAAUCGAUUAUGCAAAAUCGAUCGAUAUUUUAAAAGCGUUGCAUAUGCUCAAACGAGCUUGGUUUCUCUUUUCGCCCGCUACGAUCGAAAACUGUUUUCGAAAAGCCGGUUUUCCGGUUAUCGACAAAAUUAGCAACGUGAACGAAAUGCAGAUGGUUUUGGAUGUGUCGGAAUUCUGUGAAGCCAUACAAGAAGAAGAUUUCGAGGCGUUCGUCGAUUGUGAUAAGGAAGCGGAAUGUUUUGGAAAUCUCACGGAUGACGAAAUUUCCGAUUCAGUGAAACUAUAUCGACAAGGGAUAGCCGGUUUAGAAGAAGAAGCCGGAAUUUCUUAUGAAUCGAUACCAGGUGUCUCUCAUAAAGAUGCACCGAUGCAUCUUUCGAUGGUUCGCAAGUAUUUGGAAGAGAAUUUUACAGAGUAUAAUUCAUAUUAUGAUAUCGAAGAAAUGAUCGAAAAGAACGCUUUAAUUAAUCGUACUCAAAGUAAAAUUACGGAUUUCUUUAAGUAA